GUGAGAUACUGAUAAUAGGCACAUCAGCGCAUUACUGUAUCAUUUCAUUGCUUUGGAAGCUGUUUUAGUUUAUUGCGUGCUACAUCAUUCAAUCCAGUCAUGCACCGCUUACUUAUUUAUGGUGUAUUUGCACUUUUUCUGCGUGUUGGGAACUGUAAAACGUGUGAUCAGGUUUUAAAAAAUGAGGAGCGCUUGAAAUGCGUCCUGCUGAAGGAUUACAACGAGCUGGCCGUUCCAACUGAUGAAAAUAAGACAGUGGAGAUUCAAGUUGUGAUUCAUCCCAUACAAAUGGAAGUGGAAGAGAUGCAGUCAACAGUAACGCUUGAUGUGUGGUUCAAUCUGACAUGGAUAGAUAAAAAACUGAAAUGGAAUCCCGAUAACUAUGGUGGUCUGGAAAAUGUACAAAUUGAUUGUUCCAAAAUUUGGGAUCCUUCAUUCUCGGGCGUCACUCGUAAUGGAUAUGUUAUGCAAAAAACCACUUCUAAUAAUUGGGUUCGAGCUCAAUUGGGUAUAGGGCUCUAA